UCCGUCUCCAUGCGUACAGCAUCGAGAGCAUGACAACAUUUCCGAAUGGCUGUGGAAAUGGCACCACCGUUACUUGUAUAGUUAUGGAUAAUAAAGAGCCCCAAAACCAGACUACCUGUGUCAGUCAUAAUGGGGGAUACAGCACCAGCAACAGUCAUGAGGAGGAAAUUCAAGAGGAUAAACUCAGCCCUUCCAAAAUCAUGCGCUUUUUCACCACCCCUCGGAAACGGGCUAAUUCCAGCUCUGACAGGCCUCGUUCUCUGGUUUUGAUGGGCAACUCGUCCACAUGGAAUGCUUUGUCUUCCAUCAGAAAAAUGGGAUCUUUCAAGAAGCUGAAAUCUUCGGUGCUCCAAGGAAUCCAAACAAGGGAAUGCUCAGACAUCUUAAACGAGAAUGGCGUAGGCAAACAUGGUUCAAACGGGGCAGUGGUGCGAGUUCAGACUAACAGGUAUUCCUAUUCGGGGCCUCUACAUGAUUUCCAGAAUGCAGUGGAUGGUUUAGCUUCUGACUGCUCUGAUGCGGAGGAGACCGAUGAGUCUUUCCUGAGGAAUACUCAUCGCUCGCGCAGCAUUAGGCGGGCUUACGGUGCUGGCCGCAUAAACUUGCUAGACACAGAUAAAGUUCAGAGUCAUCACAACUGUAGUAGGCCAACAUCACCCGUCAUCGCAGAGCCAAAGAUCUGUGAAAUUUUAGUGAAAGACUCUGAAAACAACAGGAUCAUUUAUCGGAGAAGCAAAAGCUCAGAUAAUUUGAACUUUCUGAAAAAAAGUUCAUUCAAACGGAAGUCCACCUCCAACCUUACCGACCUCAAGGUUGCAAGUGAAAACCAGAUGCCAACAAGGACUGUGAGUGUUCCUUCUGCUGACUCGGACAAAACCGGUGGGAACCCCGGGAGGAGAUCCAAGCGAUGGAAGAGCCCUAUCAGGGCAAAGGAUUUUGACCGAGUUUUGAAACUUGUCAGUAAUGUUACAGAUGUCGCAUGGAAGAAGGAUGGCCCUAAGAGCACAGCUCCUUCUCCCAGUGAGCAGUCCCAGAGAACAAGGUCAAACAGCAGACUGCACGAUGACUACUCCCGCAGGGUUUCCAGCAGCACGGAUCAUGACAGAAAGAGAUGCACCUCCCCGGUAUCUAGUCCAGACUCUUCCUCACCAGGAACACCUUGUCUGCAAAGCCCCGCAGUUGCUCAGGAUAAAGAGACUGAAAUGAAUGUAGCUGUUGCUGAAGACAAAAGCCUCAGGACAUCAUCGGGUAUCCCAGACUCUGAUAGUUUAUCACCCACGCUGAAUGACAUUAGUCCAUUUCCCAAUGAAGUGUUUUAUUCGGACUCGGAUGAACCAAAAGCUACCCAGCAGUUUACAUAUGAAGCUGAAAACCCUCACGUUCCCAUCAGGCCGACUACUCCAAAGCCUCAAAGUCCCACUGCAGAGAAGGUCAAGUGCAGUAUGAAUUUCCAGUGCCCAAACCAUCACAGCACAUUGUCCCUGAGCUCAUCGGAGAGCGAGGAGAGAGUCGAGGUACCGGGGCUGAAGUUGGGCAGGAAUCCUGUUUGCUUCCAGGACUCGGUGCAAACUGUGUACUAUGAUGAUGGAAAUGAAGACAGUGGCAUAAGCAGCCACUCUCAGCUGAGCCUCAAUUUAGCCUCUGGUGCUGAAGAGAAAAAGGAAGAGGUUGUUUCCGAUGAUCACUGGAAGAGGUCCCCAUCCCAGGAUGAAGAAAAGGCAGACACACAAAAGGUCACACCCAGGAGAUGGGGCUCUGGAAAAAGAUCUCGCCCCAGACCUCUCUCAGACUAUGGCCAAAUGUCGAUCAGAAGUUUUUCUAUACCAGAAGAUGCAGUUGCGGUGGAGUCUCAGAAGACAGACUGCACGGAUGGAGAAAAUCAGCCAGGACUGGCUUCCGUCGGGUCUGUGAUCCAAAGCAAUACAGUGGGCUACCACAGAGGGCGAAAAAGAAGACCCAUCUCCGUAAUAGGUGGGGUCAGUUUCUAUGGAAGUGGUCCGGCAGAAGAGAUGGAAGUUCUGCUGACACAACCUGUAACACGGCCACCCGUUCCAGCACACCAGGUACCCCCUUACAAAGCUGUUUCAGCCAGGUUCCGUCCGCUCACCUUUUCUCAAAGUACCCCCAUCGGCCUGGACCGGGUUGGACGGAGGCGGCAGAUGAGAACAUCUAACGUUGCGGCAGAUGGUGGGGCUGAACCUUCGGCCUUAGUGGACGACAAUGGCAGUGAGGAAGACUACAGUUACGAGGAGCUCUGCCAAGCCACUCCCAGGUACCUGCAGCCCGGAGGGGAACAGCUAGCAAUUAACGAGCUGAUCAGCGAUGGCAGCAUUGUCUAUGCAGAAGCUCUCUGGGACCAUGUGACUAUGGAUGAUCAAGAGCUGGGCUUCAAAGCUGGAGAUGUCAUUAGAGUUCUAGAAGCUUCCAACAAAGACUGGUGGUGGGGAAGAAACGAGGACAAGGAAGCCUGGUUUCCAGCUAGCUUUGUCAGGCUGCGAGUUAAUCAGGAAGAAGUGCCAGAAAAUUGUAGUAGUAUCCAGGAUGAAGAACAAGAUGCAGAUAUUAGCAAGCAUCGUCAGAAAAUAGCUGAAAACAAGGAUCAGAUGAGAACCAACGUUAUACAGGAAAUUAUGAACACAGAACGAGUCUAUAUCAAGCAUCUCAAGGACAUCUGUGAGGGUUAUAUUCGGCAGUGUCGCAAACAUACAGGAAUGUUCACCACAGCUCAGUUAAGCACCAUUUUUGGAAAUAUUGAAGAUAUUUACAAAUUCCAAAGGAAGUUUCUGAAGGAUCUGGAGAAACAGUACAACAAAGAGGAACCUCAUCUAAGUGAAAUAGGGUCAUGUUUUCUUCAACAUCAAGAAGGCUUUGCUAUUUAUUCAGAGUAUUGUAACAAUCAUCCCAGUGCCUGCAUUGAACUUUCCAAACUAAUGAAACAGGGCAAAUACCGUCACUUCUUUGAGGCCUGCCGCUUGCUCCAGCAGAUGAUUGACAUUGCCAUUGAUGGUUUUCUUCUCACGCCCGUUCAGAAAAUCUGCAAAUACCCUCUGCAGCUUGCAGAAUUGCUCAAAUACACCACUCAGGAGCACAGUGAUUAUAACAACAUAAAAGCUGCAUAUGAGGCUAUGAAGAAUGUAGCGUGCCUGAUCAAUGAGCGAAAACGAAGACUAGAAAGCAUAGACAAGAUUGCACGUUGGCAAGUCUCUAUCGUAGACUGGGAGGGACCAGAUGUGUUAGCCAGAAGCUCAGAACUGAUCCACUCAGGAGAACUGACCAAAAUAUCAAAGCAAGGCAAAAGCCAGCAGAGGACUUUCUUCCUUUUUGACCAUCAGCUUGUGUUCUGUAAGAAGGACUUACUGAGAAGGGACAUCUUGUAUUAUAAGGAUCGUAUUGACAUGGAUGAGAUGGAAAUUGUGGACACUGAAGAUGGCAGAGACAAAGACUUUAACAUUAAUGUCAAAAAUGCUUUUAAGAUACUAAACAGAGCCACAGAAGAGAUUCAUUUGUUCUGUGCAAAAAAACAGGAAGAUAAAAAGAGAUGGAUGGAGGCAUGCGAAAGUGAAAGGAGAAGAGUUCAGGAAGACAAGGAAAUGGGAAUGGAAAUCUCAGAAAACCAGAAGAAACAAGCCAUGCAGAAUGCCCGUAAGUCAAGGCAUGGAAAAAUUAAAGGUGUAAGCUAUAAUGGGUGUCCUGUGCCUCCUCCACACCAAAGCCUGCAUCCUAUUCAUCAGCGCCACAUCACUGUGCCUACCAGCAUCCCGCAGCAGCAGGUUUUUGCCCUGGCAGAACCCAAGCGGAAGCCAUCCCUCUUCUGGCAUACCUUCAACAAACUCACCCCCUUUAAAAAGUGAGAGGCCAAGGACCGGGGAAGGACAUCGGCAUGGAGGGAGACUUACUCCAAAGAAGGACCUUGGAGACACGGCUAAGCUUAUUUGAGCUCAGUGAAUCUCCAGUUUUGGAGGGAAAACCUCGGGGUCCUUGAGCCAGAAAUACAACCUUUGUCUAGAAGAAGAAUGAAGGUCCUCAAGACUGCUCUGAAGUCAAUGUUGCCAAGUGUCAGCAUUGCUGAUGAAGAGCAGUCUCCCUUCUGACAAAGACAACUUGCUGUUACUCUGAAGCAGCUGUAUUUGAUCUCUGUUUGUCUUAGUUAUGUUGAAGUAGCGAU